UGAACAGCCACUAACGGUGGCACUCCUAUAACACGUUUCCACUGGGAAAGGACAUGUAAUACAAAAAAAUCGUUUAUAACCAUCGAGCUAACAUUUUCGUUAAUUCGGCAUGUCUAUGCCAAAAACUAAAGAACCUAAACCAACUUGGCAAGUUUAGUUUUUUUCCUGAAUCUUCGUAAUUGUUGCUCCGGCUUUGGAGAGCCUUCACGUGGGUUGUCCGAGUGAGAAACUCGUUAUUCCUACACUACGUGAACGCGGGGCAUGAACGUUGCUAAACUUCAGAGUGACAGAGAGCGGAGUCCCCUGAUGCUAGAACAGUUUCAGCAUGGCUAUGUUUCACUUAUUUGGUCCUAAAGGCGGGCUGUAGUCGGCGGGGAAACACUGCCUAGACCGUCCUGUGGUGAGCCACCAUGGGUAUGAAGUUGUCUCGUAGCGGCAGCAGCCUGUCUCUGCUCCCGGACAGACACAGCAAUGGUCGGAUCGGAGAAAGCAAGGACUCGGAUAACGACUCUCUAGAUGGGAUGAGCAGACGUGAGGAUAUAGCACAGUUCCCAUAUGUGGAGUUCACUGGCAGGGAUAGUAUAACGUGUCCAACAUGCCAGGGCACAGGACGGUUACCUUCAUAUCAAGUGAAUGAGCUGGUUGCAUUGAUCCCAUACAGCGACCAAAGGCUGCAGCCACAAAGAACGAAGCUGUAUGUCGUCCUGUCCAUUGUGCUGUGUCUUCUUGCUUCUUCACUUGGGGCCUUCUUCCUCUUCCCUCGCUCUGUGAUUGUCAUGGACGAUGGAAUACACACAGUCACUGUGCAGUUCGACACCACCAAUCAGAAGGUCUUAAUGAAUAUGACGAGCACGCUGAACCUUAGCAACCCAAACUUCUUCUCAGUGUCGGUGGACAGUGUGAGCUGUCAGGUGUUUUACAUGAAGACAGUGAUCGGGACUCAGCAGCUACACAACGUCACCACACUCCUGCCCCUCAGUGACAGUCAGGUGAACUACACAGUCAGUGUGGAGAUUGGCAGCAGUGCACCCUACGUCUAUGCUUUCUGCACCAUGCCCAGCAUUAAGGUUCACAACAUCGUUGUGCUUAUGCAAACCACAGUGAAAACCGCAAACAUGGUGCGAACGACCAUGAACAGCCUGGAGGCGUACCGCUACAUCGACUGUGGCUCAAACACCACAGACGUCCAGCAGCACCCCACCUCCACCCUCUCACCUGCCUUAUUCUUCAGCAGCACCCCUCUCCCUCUGCUGUGAGCCCCAAAACCACUCCUCAGGAGAUGGGAGACACACUCCAGGAAAUUACACAUGGUGCUUCUUUAAAGCUCAGGUGGGAUUGUGAAAAUGGAGUCUGUAAAUGAUGGAGCUGCUUCUUGGAAAACGGGUGAAUCGAUCUCCACUGGACAGACCAGAGGCAGCAGAAGCGUGGUUUUGUUGUGGUUGUUGUUAGGCGUGGAUAUUUCUUGCCAAACAGCUGACACUUUUAGACUUAACUCACUUUAUUUGGCUCAUGAUUGCUGAACUUUUGCUGCCUCAGGCACAAUGAGUCAAAUGUUCCAGUGGUCAAAUACAAAACUUGAGUGAGUCAUCACCAGUAAGAAGCACCACGACCAUGAUUUUCAGGCAUGACAGACGUCAGAGAAAGAGCUUCUCUUCAGGGUGAUGGCUGGCAUUCCCAGCUGACCAGGCUGCCUUCCCUUUAAUUAACUCUGCAGAGCUCUGUCUGUGUCUGCUGCUGCUGUUGCAACAUCAGGAGAGAAUUCUUCAGCAAAGCUUGAAUGACCUUUGUGUUCUAACACUGUGUUCACUACAGGCUGCUAAUUGAAGGAGCUAGCCUGCUGUUUCUUUUUUUGGAUUUAAUACAGGGAUUAUUUCGUAUUUGCACCUUGAAACUGGGACAUAUUGUUACAAGUAUUAAUUUGCUCCCUCUUAUUUAACUUUCUUGAAGUUUAAAAUGGCAUUGAUAAGUUGCAGAUGUUUUUUAAAAACUUCUCAUAACAGCAAGGAUUAGCAUUAGGAUUCAACAGGUCAAAUAGAGAGAGAAGUAAUAGCCUUUGAAUAAUUUUCUUUGAGUUAUUGGUUAAAAUUCACAUUUGACUUCUAGUAACCUCUGAUAACCUGACUCAUCCUCUUGUUUCCUUUAAUACAUCAUUAAUCAUCCCUUCUGCGGCUAUUUAAACUUCUCUGAGAGUAAUUCAGUCCAAAAAUCAGAGACUUUAUAUUCAGGCAUUAAUACUUCACCUGGUAUUCUUGAAGAACUUUCCGAUAGGUAGAAAAAAAAAUAAUAAAUUGAAGAUAUUAUGAUUUUUUUUUAAAGGGAUAGUUGUUUGUAAAUUUAUGUAUGAGAGAUUUUAGUUGUGUUUUAAAAAUUAUGGUUCUUAAAAAAAUGAGUUGUGAAUAAAUAAAAGUAAUUAUAAAUACAUGAUGUGGUUGUGUUUACUUGGAAACCAUUUAGAGCUCAAGAAAUUAGCUGACUGAAGAAGUAAUCUGCAACAUUAUUGAUUUUUGAUCAAUGCUUACGAUUGAUUUAAUUUUUUAGCAGAAAAAAAGUACUUGACAUCCUGGUCACAGCUCCUUAG